UCCAAUAAUCCUAUAGGUUAACUGAUCGUGCGCUUGGAGUUGUUCACAUUCCUGAACAUAUGAUGUAAUUUUGUUUCGGCCUCUUUUUUCCUGCUCAAUUGUUAGUCAGAAAGCCGCUAAGAUGGUUCUCACAGGGUGCGAAAUUAAAUUAGACAAUCCGCACAGCACCUAUUAUGCUGGCCAAACAAUAAAUGGCUCAGUAGUGCUUACCUUUGAUUCACCUAAGAAAGUCAGAGGCAUUUAUAUCAAGAUCAAGGGAGAGGCCAACACAUCAUUCUCUGUCGAAGAAUCUCAUACCAACAAUGAGAAUCAAACAGAGAAUGAAAGGAUUGAUUUGUCCGGCAGUGAGGAGUAUUUUAAAAUACAGUAUUUUUUAGUAGGUGGGCCAAGUGGUAAUAAUAUUGAGCUUCCCGCUGGUCAACAUGAAUACCCAUUCACUUGCAUCUUACCACCAAACUUACCUUCAUCUUUUGAAGGUGAAUUUGGACAUGUCAGGUACACAAUAAAAGUAGUUCUUGACAGGCCAUGGAAAUUUGACCAAGAGUCGAAGCUUGCAUUUACUGUUCUCUCGCCAGUUGAUUUAAAUCAAGUAGCCAGUCUGAGGGAACCUCAUAGUGUCUUUAUGGAGAAGUAUUUCUGUUGCUGCUGGUGUAAAUCCGGUCCACUGACAUGUAUUGUGAAGUUGCCAUGCCGAGGCUAUGUACCUGGUCAAACUAUGUCAAUUUUAGCAGAGGUGGACAAUAUAUCAAAUGUUGAAGUUGACAGUGUCAGUUUCACCUUCCAAAAGGUGGUAACUUACCAUUCUCAGAGACCACGAAGAGAGACUAAAAAAAACACAAUUGUGCUUGAGACUGUUCGAGUAGGUCCAGUACCAGGACAUGAAUCUAAAACAUGGAAUCAAUCAAUGGUGAUUCCAUCUUUGCCAUCCUCAAAUCUACUCAACUGUUCUAUCAUAGAUCUUGACUAUGAAUUAAUUAUUGAGGCUAAUGUAUCAGGAAUGCAUAGCAAUUUAUUAAGUAAAGUGCCUUUGACUAUUGGCACUAUUCCAAUAGGUGCAAUGAAUGGAGUACCAUCUAUCCCAACAGCCCCACCAGCUGAUGUACCACAAGACAACUCUAGUGCAAUUGGUUGGGCCGUCCCAGGAAGUCUUGGUCCCAACGUUCCUACGUUUGAAGCAACUAGAUUUGGGACAACUACUAUCAAAGACUCAGCGGACAACGAUUAUACCCGUAUGUGUAAUUCCAAUUAUAACCCGAUGUACCCAGUCUAUAACUUCACAAACAAUGCAUAAACUUCUCAAGCUUUUGAUAUUAACUAACAAAAACAAAAUAUAUAUAUAUAUGCACGGGGUUUUCUAUUUUUAAAUUUUCUAUUUAAGUGUGUUUGUAUUGGUGAUUUAUUUUUGAGCUUUAAUAUACAAUAUAAUUAUAA